AUGAACAAGCAGGUUAGGCAAAAAUAUCGAGCCGUUUUAAAAAAAUGUUUAGUGCAAGCUGUAGAUAUUUUAUUAAAUGAAAUUGUGGAAGUUAUAAAGGAAGAAACUAGUAAACAAAAAAGAAUUUGGGUAAGGGAUUGGAUUAAAAGACGUGAUAAAUUGGGAGCAUCUGCCAAUAUUUUAAGAGAACUGGCUUUGGAAGACCCAGAAGAAUAUAGAAUGUGCUUGAGAAUGACACCUGAGAGUUUUGAAACACUGCUGAAUUAUAUUAAGCCGCAUAUUCAGAAAAUGGACACAUUCAUGAGGGAUGCAAUACCAGCACCUGUUAAAUUAGAAAUUACUUUAAAUUUUCUGGCCACAGGCAAUAGUUAUCGUAGUUUACAACACCUCUUUCGAGUCUCAAAACCAGCAAUAAUAUGUGAAGCAAUGAACGAAGCCUUACACGAAUACUUUAAGAUGCCAACAACAGAAGAAGAGUGGAAAAUAAUUGCAAAUGGAUUCGAAGAGCAUUGGAAUUUUCCCGGUUGUUGUGGUGCCUUAGACGGGAAACACAUUUUGAUAUUAUGUCCUGGCAACUCUGGAAGCCAGUUUUUUAAUUACAAAGGGUCCUAUAGUGUCGUGCUAAUGGCUCUAGUAGACCACAACUACUGUUUUACUUAUGUGUGUAUUGGCAGCCAGGGAUCUCAAUCUGAUGGUGGAAUCUUCCAGAAAUGUGCACUUGGAAAUUUGUUACAAAAUGGAUUGUUGCCUGCAGGAUAUUGCAUUGUUGGCGACGAUGCCUUUCCCUUACGACAUUAUUUGAUGAAACCAAUUCAUACAGAAAAAUGCAUUCUAAAAUUAGUUUCAGGGGAGAGACAAGGACUAGCAAAAAUUAUUUCUGAUAUAAAAAAGUAUAUCGAAAAGCUUGAGUUUUGGCAACAAAGCUCAAUCGAUGGCGUUAGCAGGCAUUUUCCUGUUCUUUCAGAAAAGAUAUCUCAAAGUCCAUUAGAACCAUAUGACAGUAAAUAUCAUGUAGAAAUAGUCUCUAACUUGAAGGAUAACUUCAAAAAUCGUUUCAAAGAUUUCAACGAAAUUGCUGUAGUGGCGCAAUUUGUUGUUUCGCGCUUCAUGGAAAUUGAUGUCCAACAGAUUGCAACUUCUGUUAUGCAGAAUUUUAGACACCGCUGCGACAGAAAUGGAAAUUUGGUGAAAGAGUCAGAUGAAAAUCGAUGA